AUGGGACUUCUCUCCGAAAAAUAUGACGUCUUACUGGCGGAACAUGAAGAGUCUAAGAAAAAAAUAUCUCACCUGGAAAAGUCUAUUCAAAAUGCUAACAACAAAUGUGUGUACCUGGAAAAAGCCAACAUGGCGCUCGAACAGAAACUACACGACAUCGAACAAUCCUCGCGUAAACAAAAUAUAGAAAUAAUCGGCAUCGAACAACUACCCGAAGAAAACCCUAUGCAGAUAAUUAACAAACUAGGACAAUUACUAGAGGUCAACAGCGAGAACGUCGAAUGGGCAAGCCGUCACCAGCAACGCAAAACCAACGACAAACCGGCACCUAUUGUUGUAAGCUUUAAAUCAACGAAUAUGGAAGAUCGUAACGUGUGGCUAACAAAUAGACUCAAGCUCAAGAACAUCUAUAGCGACGCAAUUACCGGUGGCUCGCAAAAGAACAAAAUAUAUAUUAAUGAAGACCUAACAAAACAUACACGAGAGCUACUGUGGAACACUAAGAACCAAUUAAAAGAAAAAUUUAAAUACAUAUGGAUUCAUAACGGCAAGAUACUGGUGAAAAAAAGUGACGGAGACAACUCUACGUGGAUUAAAUCUGAAGAUGAUUUACGCGAACUACUCAAGAAAUCUCAACAUGUGACAAGUAACUAA